AUGGUAUUCGCCACUUCUCACUCCACUAUCUUCCUCGAAUUAUUAGUCAAGCUGGGAUACAGAUAUUUGUCAGGAAUCAAUGUUCUGCAGAAUUGUGAAGUUGCCCUAAAUCAUUACAAGACAGUGGCAGAUUAUAUUGCUGACAAAUUGGAAAAAACGGAAGGUAUCCCAGUGGAAAAAGUGAUACUUACCAAAAGACCUGAAAAUCUGAAUUCUGACAGUGAGAUUUUGGAUUGGGACAUAUAUCAAUACUAUAAAUUUUUGGCAGAAAGAGGAGAUGUUCAGAUACAAGUAACUCUUGGGAAGUUACAUCUAAUUGGGAGGAAAGGCGUAGAUCAAGAUUACUACAAAGCAUUAUACUAUUUCUUAAAGGCAGCAAAGGUACAACAGCAACCUUUAUCUGGAGCACAUAAAGUAGACUUGAAAGUGUACCUGCCCCAUGACUCCUUGGCUGAGUGUACCCCAGUGAUGGAUUCCUCCAUCAGCAUGUACCAGGAGAUGCAGACUAGUUGUAUGUAUUUAGAGGGGAAUGCUGCAGCAUCCCAAAAUAAUGCUACUGCCUUCAAAUACUUUUCCAUGGCAGCCGAUAAGGGCAAUGCAAUUGGUCUUCAUGGACUUGGUCUUCUUUACUUUUAUGGAAAAGGAGUUCCUGUGAAUUAUGCUGAAGCGCUUAAAUACUUUCAGAAAGCUGCAAAUAAAGGAUGGCCCAAUGCACAGUUUCAGUUAGGUUUCAUGUACUACUCUGGCUCUGGAGUAUGGAAGGAUUAUCAACUUGCCUUCAUAUACUUCUACUUUGCAUCUCAAAGUGGGCAACCCCUUGCCAUUUAUUAUCUGGCCAAGAUGUAUGCCACAGGAACAGGAGUGCUAAGAUCCUGCAGAACUGCUGUGGAGAGAAGGCUAAAAUUGUUGAGAAAGAGAAGAUGUAUCCAAUGGCACUUCUGCUGUGGAAUCGAGCUGCCAUUCAAGGACAUUCACUUAGCCAGGAAAUUUUAUGACAUGGCUGCUCAAACAAGUCCAGAUGCCUACCUACCUGUCUUCUUGGCACUCAUGAAACUGGAAACUAUGCAUUUCCUCCGAGAUAUGUUAUUCGAUUUUACAAUGAGAUGGAAAUGGGUGAAGCUGGAUAAUGCCCUUGGACCACACUGGGAUUUAUUUGUGAUUGGCCUACUUGCUGUGUUGCUGAUCAUCUUGCUUAGAAAUCAACAUGCAUAG